AUGCCCCUCACUAUCGAUUACAUUCUACAAACUUUGAGCAUCGUUCUGCUGUACUACGUAGGAUUCUUAGCGAGCACUCACCUGCUGGGCAUCUUUACGCUGUACAAGCUGUUCUUCUAUACACCCUUAUGGCCGGUUGUACUCCUCUAUUUAUCAUGGACGUAUCUCAUUGAGUGGAAAACCCCUGAACGUGGCGGAAGAGAUCUUCUGAUAAACUUUGCAAGAAGGCUUUCUGUUUUCAAGUACAUGAGGGAUUACUAUCCCAUUACCCUCGUCAAAACUAGCGAUCUCGAUCCACAGAAGAAUUAUAUUUUUGGAUAUCAUCCCCAUGGGGCUCUUACCGAAGGCGCAUCGAUAGGAUUGAAUACAGAAGCAUGUGGAUUUAGUGAAAAAUUCCCUGGAAUCAUUCCGCAUCUUUCCGCGCAUUCAGGUAAGCUAAAUCAACUUGAAUCGCCAUAUUGGUCAAUGCUUCAUUACGAUUGAAAUUUUUAGUAAACAGCCCAAAGUUUUUGCCUAUUUUGACACUAUUACAGUUUUUGAUUCGUCCAAGUAUCCAUUCCUUGUCCAUUAUUUAAUGAGAAAGACUACGACUGAUCUUUUGACAAAAUGUUCAUCCAUUUCAUUCUUGGUUAGCUGUAACAAUACAUUUCGGCGUAAAAUCUGUAUCCCUGGAUCAGUGGUUAAGUGGAUUACGGACUGCACCCCGACGUAACUGUAUUCCAUGUACUCAAUUAUUCAAGUAUUUCAUCAAUUACCAGGGAGCAAGAAAAGGUAUUGACCCAAGUUCCCAGCUUUUCCCUUUCCAUAUACCACAUUUGAAUGUACCUAAAAUGGAACCCAAGGUAGGAAUGAAGACCGAGUAGAAACACCAUACCCAUGAGCAGUCUAGGGCAAGUUGCAGUACGUGUAAGAAAAGAGACAAACGCAUAUGGGGCUUAUUCGGUUUGUAUCUGACUUGCUUGUUUUCUGGAAACUUUUCGUUCAGGUAUCCUAACAGCCUUGUUAUACCGUGAUAUCGUGAUGGCCCUUGGCGUGAUUGAUGUGACACGUGACAGCUUGCAAUACAAUCUGACACAGAAGGGGGCGGGACACUCGGUUGUCAUCAUCGUGGGCGGACAAGCAGAGAUACGAGAAAUGGGCUUUGAUAGCUAUGUGUUAAUAAUGAGUCGGCGGAAAGGAUUCAUUAAAUUGGCUUUACAACUUGGGUUUGUAUCAGACAGGCAUCUUAUCUUUCUGACAUCUUAUCUCUUGUAAUUUCAGCUAAAAGCAGGAGCUAAGUAAUGGGUUCCUGCUGAAAGUAAGAUAGCAAAGAAGGCUGAAAAAUGUUAGAAGAAUUAUCUUGCCUUCAAAGCUAGCAUCGCCCAACCCAACCCAACCCAACCCCAACCCCCCAGCCUCCGCUUCAAGGAUAGUCGUUAGUCGGGAGGCAUCAGCCGACUUGUUUCCCCUUGUUGUAAAUAUUCUGUAUCCUCCAUUACACGGAGUUUUGACACGGACUGUAAGUAAGUGCGUAAACGUUUAUCAAUUUUUUAGAUGCGAUCUUGUCCCUGUGUUCGGCUUUGGACAGAACAAUCUUUAUCAUCAUUUCAUUGGCGGCAGUAGUUGCACCCGGUAUUCACGACCUCAGCUUUGGUUUAGAAAUUUCACUUCUUGCCUCGGAACUUGCUUUCUUCCGGGACGAUCUCCAAUCAACGUUGUAGGUAAGCGUAUUUUUCUUUAAUGAAUGUUUUUCUAUUUUAUGCAGUGGUUUUUUUUUACAAAUUGAGUAUCAAAAGCAAUCCGAGAUAAUUGAUUAAUUGAAUUGAAAUCUUUAUUAAGUCAUAAGAUAAAUAAUCACAUAUCCUAUGUUACAACAUUAAAAGAAGGUAUAUAUAUAAAUUACAGAGAAAAUCAAGAUAAAAAUUAUAAGACUAGAUUAUGUUUAAAAAUUAAGCGAUUAACAAACGUGUUUUUGAACCUAUCAGUGUUUAUUUUAGGAUGGUGACUUGUCUCUUUCCUCAGAUUGUACUUGGUUAAUUUCUUUUUUGGCAUUAUAGCUCUUAAAGGGUGUAUUGUAUUAUUAAAAACAUUCUUGAAGAUACGCGUGUCCUGUUGAACUAACAAUUCAUAAACAUUAAUGUGAUCGGAUGUAUACUUGCGCUUAUAACAUCGAUCUAAGAAACAUUGGAUUGUUGUUAAUUCGGAAUUUACAGCGCCAAAUACGGACAACCCGUAUAAUAUAUUUGGUAGAACCAGAUUUAGAAACAGAUGGUCUAUUUCGGCCUGAUUGUACCCUUCUUUCCUUAAAGAUCUUAAAAUGAACAGGCACUUGUUUGCUUUAAUUAGUUUUUCCCGAAUAUGUGUUAUGAACCUACUGUCUUCCUGAAAUGUUACCCCUAAAAUAGUAAGCUCUUUUGUCUGUGGUAUUCCAGACACCAUCGGAAACUCUAUUGUACAACCUUUCUUGCGGAAAAUGAUUUCCUUGCACUUAGAUGGAUUGCUACACAUACCAUUACUUCUAGACCACUGGGAAAACUGAUUAAUCAGUGCGAUAGAAUUGUCAUUAUCACCUAUCACAGGCGAGAUAAUGGUUGUAUCAUCUGCAUAUUUUACCAGCACGCUCUUAUUGUCCAAGUGUAUCUCUAAAUCACUGAGAAAGACAUUGAACAAGUGCGGCCCGCUGACACUUCCUUGGGUGGUACCUUUGUUGACACUUUUCCAUUUUCCAAUAAACCCAUUUCUAAUGACUCUCUGCUGCCUGUCUUCCAAAAAGCUUAGAUACCAGUUAACUAUAAAAGGAUUUAGGGGGAGUUGCUUCAAUUUGUGUGAGAGGAGAUCGUGUUUCACACUAUCAAAAGCCUUGCUGAAAUCCAUAGCGAAUAGGCGUACCGCUUUGCACUCUGGGAUAUCAAGAUAUUGAUUGACAGUAUGUUGGAUAGUCAGUAGAGCAUUGGUACAGCUCCCUCCCUCUAUGUAUGCAAACUGUGAGAUCCCAGAAUGUUCAUCGAAGGUCUCCCUUGCGUGUGUUCCUAAGACAGCUUUCUCAAAGCACCUUGCGAUGACAGGUGUCACAUUUAUUCCGCGGAAGUCUGAUAUUCCCUUAGGUAUAUCAACCUUCGGCAAGGGGUACAGGUCUGACUUUUUCCAAGAGACAGGCCAGGCGUGUGUUCUAAGAGACAGAUUCCAAAUCCAGGUGAUCACUGGAACGAAUAGCUCGGCGUGGUCUUUCCAUAUAGUAUACGGGAUGCCAUCUGGUCCGGUUGCUGUUUUCUUUAUACGCAUAAGAGAAUUCAGGACUUGUCGCUCUGAGAUUUCUGGGACUUCCUGAUCUUCACUAAUCUCCAGAGGUGUUGGCUUUCUGUAGGCGUGGUCAGUACAUAGGUCACCAAAGUAGUCAUUUAACGCGUUGAGUUCGUAGUGGCCAAGAGAUAGAGAAAUCACCGGCUUGCGGCGCUGAGAUGUUUUAUCCACUUUUUUCCACCAAUCCCGAGUUCCAAUAGAGGCGAUAAAGUCCCUUCUGUUUCUGAAAAUCACUUCAGAGAUCCUUUUAUUCAUAACUUUAAGACGGUCUAGAUUACUGAGUGAUAUGCGUGAUUUGGCUCGUAUCAUCGAUCGAACGAGCGGAGUCAUCCAGCCCGGGUCUCUUGAAGACAUGCGCACUGUUUUCAGAGGCAUGCAGCUAUCCAGGUGCCCUAGGAUGGUAUUUUCGAGCCUACCAACCACUUCAUCGACAUCAGUUUCCUGUAUCAUAUCAUCCCAGUUUUCCUUCGCCAACGCGAUAUACAGAUCACGCUUUCUAUGAGCCCCUUGGUCACGCACGUAUACUUUACGGCGGAUAGGUGGAAGCUUUAUACCGGGUGGUAAAAUAACUCCCAUGUGAUCCGUCUUGGAGAGCAUGUGAAAGGGAUAGCACUUUGAAAAGAGAUCCGUGCGGUUCGUGAAACAGUUGUCCAAACAAGAAUUCCCUCUGGUGGGGAAAUUAACCAGAGCAUUCCAACCAGACAUUUCUUCGAAGCGUUUGAUAUCCAGUUUGUUGACAUCGCCACCGCACAACACAACUGUUUGUGGAUGUUUGUCUAGUAUAUUAUCCACGGUAUUUACAAGAUGAUUCAUUAGAUCGAUCUCUGCAUAAUUAAAUUUUGGGGGAUGAUAAAUUCCACAUAUUACAAAUCGAUGUCCCUUGGGAAGUCGCAGAGUUAUACAAAUUAAUUCAUAAAGACUAGAGCGGUAAACAUCCUCUACUGCAAGAUUGUUCCUGAUGUAUAUAGCAAUCCCACCCUUAUUGCGCAUAUCUCUGCCAUUCCAAUUUCUGUCUCUACGAAAGAUGGAAUAGUUCUCAAUAUUUACAAUCGCAUCCGGUUGUGCCGGUUUGAGGUGUGUUUCCGAUACGACACAAACAUCAAUAUCUUUAGAUCGCAAGUCAGCCUCAAGUCCAACCGCCGCACGCACUUUGUUCUUAGUUUUUGCGAGACUGCAAAUAUUGAUGAACAUACACUUGGGAACGGCAAACCCGAGCAAUCGGUAGAUGAUUUAGUAGGCUCUCGAGGAAUAGCUGUAAGAUAUCUGUUCUUAGCGGGAUCUUGGAAGCGAUAAGGUCUAGCAAACCGCCGGGUUUUAACAACUUCAAUGGGUCGACAUCUGUCGGAGUGUUGCGAUGCAGAGAUAUUUUUAGUAAUUUUCCCCAAUCUUCGUAAUCCCGGACCUCUGUAUUUCAGAAUUCCCAGGGAUUUAAGGGUAUCGAAAACAUGAGGCGCAGGUCGGCCCGCCGAACGUCUCAGCGAAAGUAGCCUGUCACGAUUGUGAGAGCAAUGGAUUCUGACUGACCCAAUUGCAGGUUGACAAGCAGAGUCCGAGGAGUUGGAGCUCUGUUUUCGUUUACCGUGGUCAUUAUCCACUUCUUCAGGUCCAGGAUGUGGAUGGACAUCCAUAUUAACAGUAAUGUCGAGCACAACAAACUUCUCAGGGGCGGCCAGGAAGACCAUGCCUCGACUGUCCCAUUUCACCAUAGCCCUUCUUACCCGGAGAUUUCGAGACCGGGAUACUCUCAGCUCAAAUCUAGCCAUCCAACUAAUGCAUCUUGAUGUUAAAGAUUGAUUUCGAUAAGCUCUUUCGACUGUUAUCAUAGUUAUGAAGGUAAAAAUAUAGAAAACUGCAAGAGCUCUAAAGAGCGUGGCAGCCAUAUUGGCAUGCAUAUAUUAUGACUAGCUUAAGUUUUGCUCUACUUCGCUCUAUGAUUGGUCCAGAAAACUCGUCCCGCUUUCUCAACGUACCAAUCAGACGCAAAACUAGAACCAAUCACGAAUUGAUCGCUCGCGUUUUCCUGCGCUCUUGGUUGUUUUAACUUGAGUUCUCAUAGGCUCUUUAAGUUAUUUUUCUUUCUCCUGACAGGCCGUUGCGAUUAUUUAAGUUUUGGUGUUACAACGCUCGAUCGAAAAGAGCUCCAAAGAAAGACCUAUGCAAUCCUAAAUUACAUUCGACACAAGCUAGCAACCAACAGAUCUGUUGUUAGCGUAUGAUUUCUCUUCAUAUCAAUUCUAUAGUGGUUAGUUCAGUAAUGGUUUCACUUUUCCUUUCCACAGUGGGAUCGCCCAUUUCUGUAUCCAAGAUUGAGUGUCCAACGCAGGAGGACAUCGACAAACUUCACGCACGGUACAUAGACGAACUGAAAGGAUUGUACGAGAAAUAUAAGGACAAGUAUCACCCAUCAGAGAGAUCAGAGUUGUUGAUCGUCUAA